AUGAGCAAUUCCGAUAAAACAGGCCCGGCAAUCAAAGCGUCGGCGCAUGCCCCAAAAAAAACGAAACAGACUAACGAUUACAAGUCCUUGAAUGGUGGAUACUCUGAUAAUAUCGAUAACCAUAUCAAACAGAACAAGAAAUUUAAUGCUACUUCUAGAAAAAAUCAGAUCUCAAUCAAUCAUUUGUUGGAUUUCCAGCUGUAUCGCGAUCUGCCCGAGUUUCACCAGAACCAGCAAUAUCAACGGAACAGACGGAAUCCAGGUAACCCAAAGAAUAGACGGCAGAAACUCUACUUGCAUGGAAUGCGUUUCAUCAAUGUUAAUUACAAGUUUGUUGUUGACUAUCGCAAAUCUUAUAAGCCUCAACAGAUCGACCCGAAUAUUCCUGUUGAUACACAAGAUAUUUUGAGAAUUAUCGUGCCCAAAGGAAAUGCCUGUCCCAUAUGUCUUUCCGAGGAUUUGGUUGCCCCUCGAAUGAUUACUUCGUGUGGCCACAUCUUGUGCCUCACUUGUCUCUUGUCAUUAUUGGAAAGUGAGGUGCCUGUGCACAAAAAGCGUGAGAGUAAAGUCAUCGUGGAGAAGUACAAUGAUUGUCCCUUAUGUGGGUCAAUAAUAAGAAAGCAUGAUGUGAAACCCGUUCAAGUGGACAAUAUUGAUGAGCGGUUUGAAAUUCCAAAACCAAAAGAUGAAAUCGUACUCACGUUAAUGUCUCGCUCAUCAGACAGCAUUGUGCCUUUACCUCGUCAUUUCGAGUCUUAUAGGCAAGCAAUAGACUUGUUUCCAUGGGCGAACCAAACUAAUCCGGACUUGAGCCAGUAUCUGAGAUUUUUCAAAGGAGAUUUAAGCUACUUGUUGUCGAUGUACGAACAGGAGAAAAAACAAAUGAUUUUGGCUGAUAAUGAGGAUAGGGAACUUUAUCAAAGUGAUGGUAAACUUCUCCAGCUUGCAUUGAAGAACAUUGAUGAAGAUAUCGCAAAAUGGACGGAAGCUUUUUCCCAAGAUUUGCCCAAAGAACAGACGGAGCCGAAGGAGUCAAGUACACACUCACAAAGCACAUACUACUACUACCAAACAGGGUUCAAGUCUUCAACCACGUACGUGCUUUCACCUUUAGACGUUAAAGUGAUAAAGUCAAGCUAUAAUCAGGACUAUACUCAGCUUCCCAAUUCGGUGAUUGUGAAAGUGGAGAGCAUCCGGUACGAAGAGUUGACUGCUGAAACCGCAUCAACCAAGUAUAAAUAUUUGUCUCAUUUGCCACAAGGUACUACGAUUGGAUUCAUUGAAUGCAACUGGAAGAAUAAUGAGUACAUUACUGAAGAAACGUGGGCAACGUUUAAGAAUGAUCUUUUCAAAAGAAGUAAGAUCUCGCUCAAAAAGCUGCGUACGGAGGAGUUGAAUAAAAGAAAGGCCAUCAGCGAGGGAGAAAAGAGCAUCCGGGAAUUCAUUAAUCGUGAAAACAACGGACUCGAGAAUGGAGGUGAUAGUGAAAAUUGGGCAAGCAGUUCGUUCAGUAAUUUGACAAUUUCGGACUACGCAGAUUUACCCGUGUUGUCCAAUGAGCCCAAAACAGAUGCACAUCUGCCAGAGUCAGAAAAGCCGUCAGUUGCUAUGGAGAAAACAGUUUGGGGUACGACUAUUCCCAGAGGGGAAGUAAAGGACAUUAAUGGAGAUGAUAAUAAUGAUUGGGAUGCAGAGGAGAUGAUUCGAAAGGCAAGAGAGGAGAUGGAGAGGCUUGAAGCACAAUCAGGACCGGGAAAAAAGAAGAAGAAAAAGAAAAUAGUACUUCUUUCUUCAGGCUCUGCUUGGUCGUAG